AUGGCUGGAAAGAAAAAAGAAGGACUUAAAGGUUUAAAAACUACAACAGGAGGAAUAAGGAGAGAUGAUCGUACAACAUCUCAAAAAUGGGUUUUUCAACCAAUAACAAUUGAUGCUAAAAAUGUUGUUACUGUUAUUUACAUGUUACAAAGCCCUGAAAAUGAAGUUGUAUUGAAAGCUGUUGCAUCACUUGAAGUUUUUGCUGAAAAAGAUAUUGAAAACCUUCGUUUGUUAACAUCACAAAAAAUCUCAACAUAUUUACUACCACUUCUUAAAUCCCCUGAUAACAUAAUAAAACGUUUUACACAAAAAUUAAUAGGUAUACUAUGCAGUUUGCCUGAAUUUAGAGAACAAUUACUUAAAGAAGAAAAUGUACUUGAAAUGUUUGUUAAUAUUUUAGACAAGGAAACGGAUGUUGUAAUGCAUGAAUUUUCAUCGUUAACGUUGGCUGAAUUAAGUAGCGAAUGCGAAGCAGCCUACAACUUACUUAAAGUUCCAAAUUGCGUACAAAUUUUAUUUUCUCGUGUAACAUCCUUAGAUCCAGACGUUGAAAAAAAUACUUUAGAUGUAAUGAAUCACCUUUUAAAUGACGUUUACGGAGUUGAUGUUUUCAUUGAAUCUCCAGGUUUUGAUAUAAACAGUUUAAUAUUCCUAACGGGAUCGAGUUAUCCUGUAAUACAAAGUUUAGCAAUUGAAAUCCUUAAACAACUGACAUCUUGGUGUAGAGAUACGAGAACUUUGAUUGCAUUUCGAGAUGCGUUAGGAGUCGAAACGUGUCUCGAUAUAAUCGAAAAUGAUGCUUGGAACGAUCUUCAUCCAUCGACUCUCGAUCUUUUGAUAAACGUUGUUGAAAAUGCUGAUUUUUGCGAUUACGUACUUCAAUCUGGUGCAUUGGCAAGAAUGAUUAAUCUUUUGGAUACCAUAGAAAGUGAAUAUCAUUUGGAAAAAGCCAUUGGAGUACUAAGUAAAAUGUCACAAACUGAAAAGGGUCGAAAAGCGUUACAUAAAAUUGGAAUGGUCCCAAGAUUUUGUGCAUUUUUAAAUACUAAAAAUGAAAAAAAAGUUGAAUAUUCUUGUUUUGGUAUUGCCAACAUGGCUCAACACAUUCCUGCUUUGGAAGAUAUCAUAGAAGAAAAUCCAAUACCUUUAUUAUUAGAUAUUUUAUUAAAUUCUGAAAAACCAUUGAGUUUAAGAAACAUGGCUGCUUUUGCUCUUAGCACAUUGGCAAGUGAGCAUAAAAAAGGAGCAGCAGCAUUAUUGGCAAGCUCAAAUUUCAUGGAUUUACCAAAAGCUCUCAUACAUGAUAAAACCUGUUCUUUAGAACUUAAAAAAAAUAUCAUACAAAUAUUUAUUGGAAUUUACGAAAUUGAAUCAAUGAGAUCAAAAUUAUUUAAUGAAUUUUUUAUGGAAGCCAUGUUGAUUUGUAUCAAGGGUGAAGAUUCAUCUCUCCAAGUCGAUGCAUUAGAAUGUUUAACACUUUUUUUAGUGGAUAGUAAAGCUCAAAUAUUAUUCAACGAGUUAAAUGGAGUACCGAGUAUAAUUGGUUGUUUAAAAAGCAAAUUUGCAUCGGUUAGCUUGAUCGAACAAAGAAAAACAAGAUAUUCAAUGCCGAGUUGGAAUUCGGCCAUAGAAUCUAUAUUUUCAGCUUAUUUACCCGCUAAAUUUGCGUAUACAGGCCGAUUAGAUUUUCAAGACAUUACGGAAGAUGGAUUUUACACGGCGGAAAGAUCAACGUGGAAAUUUGUUUUAUUAGAUGAAUAUUUUCAAAAUUUUUAUUGUCCGGUAACUCCCCUAUAUGUGGCAAAUUUUGAAAUGCCAAUUAAUCAAAAUGUAGGUGAAGGUAGCGAAACGGAAUACAGCAGCAUCAAAUCAGAUCAACAACCAACAAGCAAUGUCGAAAACGAAAACAAAGAUUUAUCUAAAUACAUGAAAGGAGCUGGACGUAAUUCUGGAGAAAAUUUUAAUUUGACGGGUUCAUUGAUAACAUACGAUUCAGUAGAUUACGAAGAUCGUAAAACAUCUCAUUCAUGGAUCAGCGAUAAUUUUGGUCACGUUUAUCCGGAUCCCUAUCUCAGCGAAUAUUUAGAAUGUUUAAAAAAAAAAUUAGCCAAAGAAGAAGCUAAUUUAGGGGAUGUUAAUUGGUUUUGCAUACACCCUCAAUUAAUACAAAAAAGAGUUCAAACGAUUGCACAAUUGGUUGCAACGGAAAUGGCUGGAUUAGAACCGGAUGCACUUUCAAUACCACAAUAUAAAGAAAAAUAUUUAAGUGAAAUUAAGUGUCAGUUGGGAACGACAAUUAUACCUUUGGGAUUAAUCCGAGUUGGAAGUUAUUUCGAAAGAGCCAUUUUAUUUAAACUUCUCUCUGAUAGAAUUGGAUUCCCUUGUGCCAUUGUUAGAGGACAACACGGAAGAGCUUGGAUAGAAAUAGCAUUGCCUGCUUUAAACGUUGAAGAAAAUGAAGAAGAAAUUUGCGAAGAAGGUACUUCAUCGUCAAAAAGUAAAACAGGUAGCAAAACAUCAGGUUUAAAAUGUUCUCCAAGCGUGGAAACCAAAUCGAGCAAUUCAACAAUCGGAGAUGAAAAUUUUUGGUUUUCAAAACUCAAAACUGAAUGUUUUAAAGCUUUUCCAACGUAUUUUCUAAAAUCAAAUGCUAUCGUCGAUUUAAUUUUCGAACCUGGAAAAAUAAUGAAAAAAAAUUCAUUAGAAGCUGAUGAUUAUUGUGGGAAAUUUUUAUUCGAUUGUAGUUAA